UUUGAGUGUCUUUUCAGUCUCCAUUCAGUUGCGAGUCGCUCGAGUUGUGUUUUGUAAUCGCGUUGAAGCCAAAAGUGAACUAAAAAUGAGGAACUUUACUGCACUGUUGUUGAUUGGCGCCGCGCUUCUGAGCUUGGCUCAGGCAACAGAUGUCAAGCCGUGCCCUAAAUCCAAAUCACGCGCUCUGACUGCUGAGGAGGUGACCAUCUCGAACUGCCCGAAGAACAAGUGCAUACUGAAGCGCAACUCGGAGGCGAGCAUCACAAUGAAGCUGCGACCCGAACGUGACUUUACCGAACUCAACUCUGAUAUACAGGGCAUCAUCUUGGACGUUCCUUUGCCCUUCCCUGGCUACUAUGGCACAAGUGCUUGUCCGCACAUUUACGAUGCGGCGGGCGAGAAGAAAGUCGGUUGUCCUCUGAAGGCGGGCGAAACUUAUACGUACAAGAAUAGCUUUAAGAUACUGCCCGUGUAUCCGACCGUGAGUCUGGAGAUACAUUGGGGACUUGGGGAUAAGCAGGGCGAUGCUGCCUGCUUCCAGAUACCCGCCAAAAUCAAGGCUUAGAAUUCUUUUUGGAUUUGCGAGUCGAGUCAAGUUAUAAGAAUUUUAUUAGAGUAACGUUUUUAGAGUUUAAGUUAAAGAGUGAAAAAAUGUGCAAUAUUGCGGCAUCCAGCCAAUGACGCAAUAUUGUAUGUGAAUAAUGUGUGUUUUUUUUUGUUUUUUGUUUCUUUGUUUUGCACAAUUGAACAUUAAACAUUAAAUACAAUAUAUGUAUAUGCAUAAUUAAAGAAUAAGUGAGAAAAGAAUAAAGAAAAAAUGUAUAAGAAACGAAA